GUUGAGUCUCCUCAUUGACCCGCCGGCGCCGCCUCCUCUCCUCUCCGCUCCGCUCCGCUCGGCUGCUGAGGACAGAGGACAGACUCACAUCGGAAACUUCUGCACCGGGGACACGGGAAGGGAAUCAGAGAGGAGUGUGAACCUACCACUGCUGCUGAGCCCCUUGAGAAACCCUUCUAGGUGUUUUCCACUUCUAUGAGGACUUCUUUAGGGUCCAUCACCUCUUGCUGAUGCUACACUGAAGACGCUGCUGGUUCUCAGAUCCUCUGCAGCCAUGGCCCAACAGAGCGCUGAGCUGUCCCUCUGCUAGGCGACGGGGCAUCCGAGAGGGCAGGAGACAUGUUGGAACAGAGGCACGGGGACCACUGCACUGAAUUUUGUUACUAUAGCAACUACUGUAGUAACCAUGGAAAUGCUAUGGAGGACUGGUCUGGUCUGCACUUUCAUUGUCAUCAUGGUUGCCACCGAGGUUGCAGGAAGUCACGGAGAUGAGUUUUCUCAGUCACAAGCUGCUUUCCUAUCCAGUCUAGGCCAGUAUGAGAUCGCCGUCCCAGUACGUGUAGGACCCAAUGGCGAGAAACUGGACUCAGAAAUGACUGAACACCACCAAAGAAGAAGGCGCAGCACUGAAGACAGGCUACCUGAUUCUCUCUUCUAUCAGCUGUCAACAUCACGGAACAACUUCCUGCUCAACCUGACGCUACAGGGAGGCCUGCUGUCCCAGCAGUUCCGGGUGGAGUACUGGAAGAGGGGUCGUUUAGCCUGGAGUCACCCUUACUCACCUCAUUGCCACUAUGCAGGACACCUCCAAGACCAACCGCAUUCCAGCAAAGUGGCCCUGAGCAACUGUAACGGCCUGCAGGGGGUGAUUGUUGCUGGGGGAGAGGAGUACCUGAUUGAACCCCUUGUCUCACCAGAUAACCAAACCAGGACAGAGAGCGGGGAGAGAGCAGAGGGGCGCCCCCAUGUGGUUUACAAGCGGUCAUCGCUCCGCCAUCAGUACAAGGGCCAAUCCUGUGGAGUCAUUGAUGAAAAGCCAAUGAAAGGUGCGUCGUGGUGGCAGCGGACCCUGAAGACGCCUCCUCAUCACGUCGGCCGUGGCCAGCUGCCUCUGAAGCGCUCGGUGAGCCGGGAGCGCUACGUGGAGACGCUGGUAGUAGCCGAUAGGGUGAUGGUGGGUUAUCAUGGCCGAAGGGACAUCGAGCAAUACAUCCUGGCUGUUAUGAAUAUUGUUGCCAAACUGUUCCAGGAUUCUAGCCUGGGGAAUGCAGUCAACAUUGUGGUGACACGGCUCAUCCUGCUCAUGGAAGACCAGCCCACACUAGAGAUCAACCAUCAUGCAGGGAAGUCUUUAGACAGCUUCUGUAAGUGGCAGAAAACCAUCCAGCACCGCAGCAGCUACGGGAAUGCCAUACCGGACAACGGCAUUGCUCAUCACGACACUGCUGUGCUUAUGACCAGGUACGACAUCUGCAUCCAAAAAAACAAGCCCUGCGAAACUCUAGGUCUGGCUCCAGUAGGAGGGAUGUGUGAGCCAGAGAGGAGCUGCAGCAUCAAUGAGGACAUCGGCCUGGGAACAGCCUUCACUAUCGCCCAUGAGAUUGGACACACGUUUGGGAUGAACCAUGACGGUAUGGGGAACGCCUGUGGCCCCCGCAGCCAGGAGACUGCCAAGCUGAUGGCUGACCACAUCACCAUGAAGACAAACCCAUUCAUCUGGUCCGCCUGCAGCCGGGAUUACAUCACCAGCUUCCUGGACUCAGGUAUGGGCUCCUGUCUGAACAACGUCCCCCCGAAGCAGGAGUUUGUGUACCCCACCACAGCGCCAGGUCAGGCUUAUGAUGCAGACGAACAGUGCCGCUUUCAGUACGGCGUCAGAUCUCGACAGUGUAAAUAUGCGGAAGUCUGCAGUGAACUUUGGUGCAUGAGUAAGAGCAACCGUUGUAUCACCACCAGCAUUCCCGCUGCAGAGGGAACCAUCUGUCAGACGAACACCAUAGAGAAAGGGUGGUGCUACAAGAGGGUGUGUGUGGCAUAUGGGACUCGCCCGCAGGGUGUGGAUGGAGGCUGGGGUCUGUGGUCUCCCUGGGAGGAGUGCAGCAGGACAUGUGGAGGUGGAGUGUCCUCUUCUGUCAGACACUGUGACAGCCCCAGGCCAACUAUUGGUGGAAAGUAUUGUCUAGGAGAGAGAAAACGCUUCAGGUCCUGUAAUAUAGACGACUGCCCUGCAGGCUCCCGGGAUUUCCGGGAGAUUCAGUGUUCCAACUUUGAUAGCAUUCCUUUUCGGGGAAAAUUUUACACCUGGAAGCCUUACAGAGGAGGUGGGAUGAAGCCCUGCUCUCUCAACUGCCUCGCAGAAGAAUACAACUUCUACACAGAGCGUGCUCCCGCCGUGGUGGAUGGCACGCCGUGCCGAGACGAGUCUCUCGACGUGUGUGUAAAUGGAGAGUGUAAGCACGUAGGUUGCGAUCGUAUACUCGGCUCGGACGUACGUGAGGACCGCUGCCGGAACUGCGGUGGCGACGGGAGCAGCUGCACCUCUGUGGAGGGAGUCUUCAACGACUCGCUAACUGAAGGAGGUUAUGAAGAGGUGGUCAGAAUUCCCAAAGGCUCCGUGUUCAUCCACAUACAAGAGCUCAACAUCUCCCUCAACUACCUUGCACUGAAGAGUAAAGGUGAUCAGUACUUCAUCAAUGGUAAGCUGACCAUUGACACGCCACGCAGGUUCAAUAUUGCAGGCACCACCUUCUACUAUAGACGGCCCACCGAUGGACCAGAAAGUCUCGAAGCUCUGGGGCCAACAAAUAUCACCCUGUUUGUCAUGGUGCUGGUGAGGGAAGAGAACCCAGGGAUCCACUAUCGUUUCAACCCGCCACUCAACAGGGAUCCGCUGAGUGGUUUUGCCUGGCACUACACCUCGUGGUCACGCUGCUCCGCUCUGUGUGCUGGAGGUGUGCAGAUCCAGCAGGUGGUGUGUAAGAAGCAGACGGAUCAUUCGGUUGUCUACAACCACUUCUGUGACAAGAAGAACAAACCCAAAGAGAAGAGAAGAUCCUGCAAUACUGAGCCAUGCUCCCCAACCUGGUGGACAGGAGAGUGGUCAGAGUGCAGCCGCAGCUGUAAUGGCGGCCUGCAAACUCGGGAGGUGUUAUGCAAAAGGAGGAUCUCUGCGACAGAGGAGAAGAUCCUGGAUGACUCAGCCUGUGCACCCCCCCGCCCCUCAUUUACCGAGCCCUGCAACAACCACAGCUGCCCCCCUGAAUGGCUGGCCCUGGACUGGUCAGAGUGUACCCCCAGCUGUGGUCCUGGCUACAGGCACCGUGUGGUUUUGUGUAAGAGCGGCGAGAGUGGCGACACGCUGCCAGAGUCCAAGUGCCCCAAACAGGGCCGACCCACUUCCAGGGUCCGCUGUAACCUGCAACGUUGCCCUCCCCCACAGUGGGUGAUGGGUCCCUGGGGAGAGUGUUCUGCAAAGUGCGGUCUGGGACAGGAAAUGCGCUCGGUACAGUGUCUGACCCACACGGGCCAGCCAUCCAACGAGUGUCUGGAUCAUCAGCGGCCUGCAGCCAUGCAGCAGUGUAAGAGUAACUGUGACCUCACUCUGCCCGUCAGUACAGACAACCCUGAAGAGUGUAAAGAUGUGAACACUGUGGCCUACUGCCCCCUGGUGCUCAGGUUCAAGUUCUGCAGCCGGCCAUAUUUCAGACAAAUGUGCUGCAAGACCUGCCAGGGACACUGACACAACGAGCAUCCAGCAUCCAUCUUUGGGUCCUGUACACUCAAUACAGUAAGCCUGAAACCCUCCCACUGAGCCUCAUAGCAGCAGCCCUCACUCUGCCUCCAUCACAGGAGUGUGGGAUCUAACUGGGACGCCAUCAUAAAGACGCCUGGUCCCAUAUCUGGUCAGAGGAACUGUUAUUCUCCAGCCAGAAUCCAGAUCAGACGCCUCUCUCCGGGCCGAGCUGGGCUAGGGCAGCUCGAGCUGAGUUUAUACAUUCCACUGGAGGGAAGGCUGUUGACACCUGGAGAGGCAGAGAGAUUGAGAGAGCGACUUUCCUCUCUCUCUCUGCCUCCCUAAACUUUCCUUUUGUUCUAAUAUGUUGGUGCUACUAUAUUUCUCUUAGGCCACAGGACUGGUUGCAGUACUCUUGAGUCCCACUUGUUUGUUUGAGUGCCCGAAAAAGUUUAGCCUUAUCUCUUAAACCUGUAUGUUAAGCGGCGAUAUUUUAUAAAUUUUCUUUUUCAAAAUCCACUUUGUAAAGAAAGUGAUUUUCCAGAAAAAUCCCACAAAAAGAAAUAUCUUACAGGUAUAUUAUGAAAAGAAAGGCCUGUGUCUAUGUUAUCUGAUAGUUGUUACUUGACCACGUUGUUUUAUGUUAUUGCUUUGUUCAGUAUCGACAUAUUCAUCGAGUCCUCGCUGUCAUUCAGCUGAAGCAUGAGCAGAGUCUGAUUUGCACAAAGAGUCAGCAGUUUGAGGACUUUUGUAUUUUAUGUUCGUCUUCAUGUGAUUAGACUUGAUGUCUGUGUGGAAGCUAUAAUUGUCUCACUGCAGUGAACCUGCCACGGUCUUGCCAUGUCGGUUAGUUUGCGUAAACGUUAUCACCUCGGCUAUAAAACGUCGCUUCGCGUCUGAUUGCAGCGAGCAGCACCCGUGCUUGCUCGUUUUCCGGAUGUUUCAGGAUUACAGGAUGUCAUUUGGUGUUACGGCUGCAGGUUGUUUCAGCGCGCUUGUUAAAAAGUCCAAAACAAAAAUUCAGUCGCCUUAUCUGCAAAUCUUCACUCAUCUUGUGUGUGUCACGGUGAGUCAGCGCUGCCUGCAGGAGCAUGCCCAGUGAGGAUGAGGGAUGACGUCUGACCACGCAGCCUUUCAGAGAGCUUUGUUAAAGCAGGGGUUCUCGACAGGCUGGACUUACACAGAUCUGAUGUAGCCACAGCUGCCUGAAGCCUCCGUUCAGACUGCUGUGAGAAGAUACUGGCUACAUAGUUCUCUAAAUUUGAGCUGAUUUAAACUUUAGAUCACAUUUUUCAGCUCUUAUUGAGCAGCAUGUUUCUGACCACCUGACAAGUCCAAUGUUACUCAAUUUUUGAUCUCUAUCAACUCCUGAGGGAAUUAUCUAAACUCUGUCUAGCUGCUGUUCACCCUCUGGGAAUAUGCCAAACAAAAGCUUGCCUUGGUUUCCCCGCUACAGUGUAGGAAACAUACACAACUAAUCAGUUUUAAUGACACAUUUUUCCAAAUGCAAUGUUUCAGCUGCUUGUAUGUCGUGCAGAGACUAAUUUGAGAACAUACCGCCUAAUGAGGCUCAAACAUUAGUCAUGAGGUCUGAGAACAUGCAUGUGACGUGCGACGUGCUCUGAAGCCUGCUGUGGCCUGACUCUUCGCAGAAGUCCCCGCCGGUUGCAGCUGAAAGCAGCUUUGUGUAACACUAAAUGUCAUCAUAAAGAGAGGAAGCUACAGUCUGUCUUUAAAUGUUGUUCCCUUUUUCUUUUUUUCCCCCCUCUUGUGGUGCUUUGGUUUUGAAUGGUGCUAUAACGUCACUGUUGUUACCAGUUUGAUGAUCUAGAAAUCCAUUUGAGCUUUUUGUAAUAAUACCAACUUGCAGAGGUGGCCUGUGGUGUGCACGUACAGCUGCUUAGGAUCCAGCACCCGCCAGGUGGAUCCACUACUUUACUUGGGCUGCGGUCGAGUAGACAGUCUUUCCAAGGUAGUGACCCACAAGUUUUUGUGUGGUAGCCAUAAUAAGAGCUGUAUGCAUUCACUAAAUAUUACAAAAAUGAGCUCCGAUGCUUCCUUUAUUACCUCAUUUAGCAGAGGACACGCUGAACAUGUGUGUCACCAAGUUGUCCUCUUUACACAGUCAGCAUAAAACACCAUAGCAAGAACACGCAGAGCAGGUGAUGUGUUUCAGUGUGGCAGACCCACCACUGCAACAUCUGCUGUCACAUUAAGCAGUCUACUAUCAGCAUCAUCAGAUCCUUUGAGCACUGCAGUCCUCAUGAAUCCUCCUCCAUAUCUUUCUGUGACCUUGUGAAUCUUUCCAUCGAGGUCAAGAAAGAGUCAUUAGGAAAAGAGAUAGCAGGGAUUUUUUUUUUUUUUUUUUUUUUUUUUUAACUGUUUGACUGCAGCCUUCUGUAAAGUGCCUCCAAAUCCCAAAAUCCAGCUCACCACAU